UACAAUAGCCAAUGGCGGAUAGCGGCCAUUUUGUAAUUAUAUUGUGAACGCUUAUUCACAAUAUUCUGGUGUGUUUUUAAUAAAAGCUUUAGGCAUGAGGACUUAAUUGUGUUGUGAUUGUGAACAUUUUAAUAUUAAUUAAUAAUGGAGGAAGAAUAUAUGACCUCACAGGACUCGCAGGCUUUAUGCGAUGUGGUUAACCGUAACAACGAUGGUAGUGAUUUAGUGAGUGACGCUUCGAAAGAAUUCAAUGAUUCUACAGGUUACGAAGAUAGUUAUGAAGAUGACGAAGGAAACAACAGCUUCAGGGGUCGAGAUAACCGUGGACGCGGGAGUUUCAGGGCCAGGGGUCGCGGCGGUCCUCCUCCCGGGUGGAUGCCGCCACCGAUGCGGUUCCGCGGGCGCGGCUACGGUCCCGGCGGACCCCCGAUGCGGGGACGAGGCUUCUUCCGCGGCAGGGGCGGCCCCCCGCCUCGCUUCGGCCCGAAUAAUGGACCGAACUUUGAUAACAACUGGGGGCCUAUGGGUCCCCCGCCGCCGGGUAUGAUGGGUGGUCCGCCUCCGUUCGGGCCGCCCCCGGGCAUGAUGCCGCCCGGUGGGCCGAUGGGACCUCCCCCUAAUAUGAUGGGGCAGCCCCCUCCGUUUGGCGGUCCUCCGGGCAUGCCACCACCUAAUAUGCCGACCCCAGAACUAUGGGUGGAGACACAGUCUGAGAACGGCAAAUCAUAUUACUAUCACUCGAGGACCCGAGAAACCACAUGGACCAGACCCCAGGAGAAUCCCACGUGCAAGGUCAUCACACAAUCAGAAAUGGAAGCGAUGACUGUGGCUGGUCAAAUGCCAGGGAUGGGCGGUCCACAGUCGAUGCCAAUGAACGGCCCCAUGGGGGGCCCGAUGGGCGGCCCGCCCAUGGGAGGCCCACCGAUGGGCAUGAUGCCCAACGGUAUGAUGGGCAUGAUGCCGCCAGGCGUGCAGCCGCCCACCGGCGGGGGAUCGCAAGUACCGCACUUCAUGACGCAGCCGCCACCCUGGAUCAAGGAAGGUGGCAACAAGGACAAGUCGGACGGUCAGAGUCCGUCUGAAGGUGAUGAGCUACCACCGGGAGAAGCGCCACCACUCCACCAACCGCCACCCAAUGGUAACAUGGUGGGCGGGUUCCCGGGGGCGGGCGGGGCGGGCGGGGCCGCGUGGGGCUCGUGGGGCUGGCCGCCGCCGCUGGCGGGGCAGCCGCCGCCGGCCGCCGCGCCCGCCGGGCCCGACCACGGACACGGAUCUCAGAUGUCUACAGGCACCGGGGCUCCGCUGACGGCUGACGGAGCGCCCGGGGAUUCCCCAGCGAGGACACAAACACUUCCGUUCAAAAAGGAUGAUACGUGGCGGAGUUCAGCACGAGAAGAAGGCGAGGACGCGACGAGCAGACAGCUGGCCGCCGCCACCGCAGCGGCGGCCGAGUGGAGCACCCACCGCGCCCCCGACGGCCGCCCCUACUACCACCACGCGCAGCGCCAGGAGAGCGUCUGGGCCAAGCCCAAGCCCAUGCGGGACCUAGAAGAACUACAAGCGAAAAUCGCUGCUGAAAAAGGUGAAAAACUGGACAACAAGAUUGAAAAGAUUAUUAUUGAUGAUUCUAAGAUUGAAGUGAUCGACGUGGACGCUCACGACGAGGCUCAAGCGGCGGCGGAAGCGGAAAGACGAGCCGAGGCCGAACGAGCGUCGGCGGCCGAGCGCGAGCGAGUCGCGGCCGAGGCCGAGCGCGAGCGGGCCGCCGCCGCCGAGGCCGAGCGCGAGCGAGCCGACAAGGAGAAGGCCGACAAGGACAAGGCCGCCAAGCUCGACCGCAGCAGGCCCAUCACCAGCACGCCCAUCGCCGGCACUCUCUGGUGCGUGGUAUGGACUGGCGACGGGCGCGUGUUCUUCUACAACCCGACGGCGACCACCAAGUCUGUGUGGGAGCGACCUCCGGAACUUAUGGGACGUGCAGACGUCGACCGAGCCGUCAGCAAACCACCGCAGCAGGUGCUCGAGCUGCAGCGUAAGGAAGGUGGUAACGGUACAGAGGCUACCCCCAACGGAGAUCGGAAGCGGCCCGCAGACACAGACUCCGACGACAGUGAUGCUGAUCCGCCUAAGAAACCCAACCUUGACGAAGGUAAGAAGUCUGCGGCUGCGUCUGCCGGGGGCGGCGGGGGCGGCGGGGCCGGGCCCGGGGCCCCGCAGAUCGACCUGGGGCGCGAGGCGGCGGUGGAGGCGGAGGUGCGCGCGGCGCGGGAGCGCGCGGUGGUGCCGCACGAGCUGCGCGUGCGCUCGUUCCUGCAGAUGCUGCACGAGAAGGACGUCUCCGCCUUCAGCACCUGGGAGAAGGAGCUGCACAAGAUCGUCUUCGACGCCAGAUACCUCAUGCUCAACUCCAAGGAGCGCCGCCAGGUGUUCGACCAGUACGUGCGCGACCGGGCAGAGGAGGAGCGCAAAGAGAAGAAGAACAGACUGCAGCAGAAGAAGGUGGCGUUCCGGCAGCUCAUGGAGGAGGCCAAGUUGCAUUCCAAGUCAUCAUUUAAUGACUUCACGUCGAAGCACAGCCGUGACGAGCGCUUCAAAGGUAUAGAGAAACAGCGCGAUCGGGAGACGUACUUCAACGAGUACCUCGCGGAAGUGAGGAAGAGGGAGAAGGAAGACAAGGAGAAGAAGAGAGAGCAGGUGAAGUCAGAAUUCAUCGCGCUCCUGAAGGAGAAGUCUGUAGACCGCCACGCUCGGUGGGCGGACGCGAAGAAGAAGGUUGACUCGGACCCGCGAUACAAGGCCGUAGAGAGCAGCACGCUGAAAGAGGACUACUUUAGAGAGUACUGCAAGCUGAUGAAAGACGAGAGGAAGAAGGAGAAGGAGGGGAAAGAGAAAGAGCGUGAACGCACCAGCAGCAGCAAGAAGGAUAAGAAAGAAAAGGACAGGGACAAGGAUAAGGAGAAGGAGAAGGACAAAGAUAAGGACAAGGAGAAGGAGAAAGAGAGAGAUUCUAAGAAGGACAAGAAGAAAGAGAAGGAGAAAGAACCACCAGAGCCUGAGCCAGUGGAAAUGGAGACUGAAGAACCAGAGCCGGGGAGCGACGAGGAAACUGCUGCCAAAGAGAGGGAGGCUCGCGCGCAGGCCUCCAUCAAAGAGAGGGAGAGGGAGGUGCAGCGGACGCUAGCUCCUAGCCUCCGGGAUAGAGAUAAGGAGAGAGAAUAUCAUAAGAGAGAUGAGGCUGAACAGAAUUAUAACGCCUUACUGGCAGACCGCGUCAGGGACCCGGACUUGUCGUGGAGAGAAGGGAAGAAGCAUCUGAAGAAGGACCAUCGAUACGCGAACGCUGACGUUCUGACCAAAGAGGAUAAGGAGCGGCUGUUCCUGCAACACACGGGCGUGCUGGCCACCAAGCGGCGAGAGAAGCUGCGGGCACUCCUCACGGAGCUGGGCAUCGGCUGCACGGCAUCCUGGAGAGACGUCCGCAACCAGCUGAAGCAGGAACCCACCGCGCCGCAGUACUCCAGCGCCGGACAGAUGGAACGCGAGUUCCGCGACUACCAGCGUGACAAGCAGUCAGCUGCGAAGACGGCGAUGCGGCAGCUGCUGCUGGAGACGCGCUCCAUCACGCACAAGAGCCUCGGAGCCGUCAAGCAGAACGGGGCCGCGCUGCAGGCCAUACAGGACACGCUCGGACACGACGCCAGGUACCUGGCUCUGGACCACAUACCUGAUGAGCGGCAGCAGAUCAUCAUGACUUACCUCGAGGAGAUGGAGAAGAAGGGUCCCCCGCCGCCGCCCACCGCCACUGAGCCGUCGCGGCGGACGAAACAGUGACCAGCAAAGAAAUACGUCAAGGGGCGUUACAGUACAGCAUAAUGUACAUUAAAAGUCAACGUGUAGAAUAAGUGACGCACUAGUGAUAAUAAACUGUAUGAAAUAAAUGAAUUGAUUUGUUUGUGGAGAUUUCAUUUCCAAAGUAACAUGCAUUUUCGUUGUACACAUUGUAAUAAAGUUAUUUUUAAAAUG